GAGACAGGAGAGGCUCAUACCGGACUCUGUUCGCGGUUAGUUGUGGUGCGUCGAUCGAGAGAGAGAGAGAGAGAGAGUGCGGUUUUAUUACACCCUCGCAGACUGACAUUGAUCGGUAAACGAAAAGGAAGGGAAAAGAAUCCGACGAAAAAAACGUUGAAAAGAAAAAAAAAAAAAAAACAGACACCAGAGCAAGGUUUUUUUUCGUUUAGGAUUAAUUUAUUUUUUAUUUUUUAUUCUACCCCGCCCCCGACCCCCGCCUCCGCGGACAAAGUUCCUUUCCGAACUGUACCUUCUUCGUUUGUACAAAGUUGUUGAAAAAUUUCGGAGACGCGAGUGCGGAACUAUCGCUGCGGGUUUUUUUUUUUUUUGUUUGUUUUUUUCUUACUUUCGUCCAAUGACACGAUCUGACUCGACGUUAACGAUUACAUUAUUACACACGUACGCCGAUCGGUGAAAUUCUAAAUAUAAUUGCAAUAAUAACGAUAAUCGUAAGAAGAACUACGAAUUAAAAUUAGAUCACAUAAUAUACAAAUCGUGGUGAGAAAUUAAAUUUGUUGUAAAGAGAAAUAAAAGAGAAAAGGGAGAAGGAUCAAAGAAAUAAGUAUCGGCCAAGUUUUUUUUUUUUCUUUAUUCUUCUUCUAAAUAAACAAAUCAACAAAUAACAGCGCCAAAUGUUUUUAGUGUAGAAAAAAAAAAAAAAAAAAAAAAAAAAAAAAAUUAACCAAUCAACGAAGCAUCAUGUUGCACGAGCGUUACAACAGAAUGAACAGGAUAACACAUAUUUGGGCGAUAGCCGGCCUCAUUUCUGCGCUAUUCUACAUCGCUGCUGCUAUCUCACCGGCUGUCGUUCAAUACAAUGUUUCCGAAUACGUCGCGAAUAUUGACAUCGAUCUACAGGCGAGGGCUGUCGCAGCGCUGGAAGCUGAAAAACAUGCCUACCAAUCCCGUACUUGGCUCGAGGACAGAAUCGGACCCGAUGGAUCGCCGUGUCGAGUUCGGCCGGAAAGACCUUGCCCACCAAGCAUGUAUCGAGCGCCAUCGGGAGCUUGCAAUAACGUUCGACAUCCCGCUUGGGGUGCGAGAGGGUCGCCUAUGCUCAGGCUCAUCGGACCUGCCUAUGCCGAUGGAAUCAGCAAACCGAGACAAUCGGUAGGGACUCACGCAUUGCCGCUACCCUUCGAUGUUGUAUCGUCGCUUCGUCGAGACUCUGCACAUCACGAAGGACUUGCCAGCUUGGCCGGGGUGUGGGCGGAAUUAUUGUUGCGGGACAUAGCCGAGACGAUGAAUCCGAAAGGGAUUGAUUGCUGCGGUGUGAACGGCCCAAAUCACGCCGAGUGCUAUUCGACCUGGAGCGAAAACGGGGGGAGUGAAGUUUGCAGAAACUACACCCGUUCGCUGCCGACCCUUACCGCGACCAGCUGCAAAUUCGAGACCAGGGAGCAGAUGAACGCCGUGUCCGGGUACCUCGACGGUUCCGAUCUCUAUGGGAACACCGACCAGGACCUUCACGCCAUCAGGACCUACUCCCAUGGAAGGGUUAGCUUGGCCGCCUGCAAGAAAUGCGAAGACGGCACGGCCCUCGGUGCCCUUUACCGCACCCUCUUCCUCGAGCACAAUCGCCUGGCCGAUGGCCUCGCCGAGGUAAACGAUCACUGGGAGGACGCGAAGGUCUUCCUGGAGGCACGGCGCAUAGUCAUUUCCGAACUGCAGCACGUCACGAUCAACGAAUUCGUACCAAGCAUUCUCGGCGAGGCGGCCUUCGUCAACGCCGACCUGAAACCGGUAAGGAGCGGGUUUUACUCCGGGUACUCGUCGACCAAUCGCGGCGGCGUUUUUGACUCCGUCGCGCUUGGAGCUCUGCGCGCGCUUCUCUCCCUCAACAACGGAUCCGUCAGUCUCGAGGACCUUCUCGCCAGGCCGGCAAGGCAGGUGAGCCUCAGGAUUCCCGGCGUAGAUAACGGAGAUUGGGACGAAGCCGAGAGAGCCAUCCACGCGGCCAGGGAUCACGGAGUGCCUGGUUACCCACACUUUGUUUCUUACUGUUCGGGCAACGAUCGCAUGAUCAAUUUCACCGACUUCGAGUACACGAUGAGCGAGGAUGACGUCGAGGGACUUCGUGGGCUCUACGCGACCGCCGAGGAUGUCGAUUUACUCGUCGGAGGGACCUUCGAAAAACCUACCGAAGCAGCUGCCGUUGGACCGACUUUCGGAUGUUUGCUCAGAGAGCAAUUCGUAAAGCUGAGAAACUCGGACAGGUUUUGGUACGAAAAUGAUCUGCCGCCGUCCGGUCUUACCGCCGAACAGCUGGCCGAGGUCAGGCGAGUAUCGCUUGCUGGUAUCAUCUGCAAGAACACCGGAAUAGCGAAAAUUCAACCGAUGGCUUUCAUUCAGCAGGACCCGUACCUGAAUGUCAAGAUAAAUUGCGACCAGCACGGUAUAGCCGACCUCGCCGCGUGGCGGGAACAUCCCACGCCGGACAUGAUAUCCGACAAUUCGAUGGCCUCCGUUAUUGCCAAGGAGGUCACGUCCGAGUUGACCCCCGAGGUGAUCGCCAACGCGGUCAGGAAGGCCGAGCAGGACCUCGUGGUGCGAAAACAGCUGGAGUACAACGCCUGGCUCGAGCAGAAGACCGCUGAUCCGAAAUCGCCCAUCGGUACCGCGGCCAGCUUUUCGAAGGCCAGUAAAGACGCCCUACUUCUAGCAAACUCCUCGAUACUCUUCGAGCUCGCGACUAACGAGAUUAUAAACGGGGCACAUGGUCUACGUAGACGAAAACGACAAAUUUUCGACUCAUCCGACAACGUUCUCGGCUUUCCCAACAACGAGUUCAGCGACAUAUUGCAGACCGUCGACAUAUCCAGCUUCCUUCAGAGCCAGACCACCCCAGACGAGCUCGACUGUCCACCCGACGACAGUCCCUGCGAUCCAAGCUCCCCGUUCAGAACCCUCAGCGGGCACUGCAACAAUCUUCGCAAUCCAAAACUGGGUACCGCGCUCACCACCUUCGCGAGACUCCUGCCUCCCAUUUACGAGGACGGUGUAUCGAAACCGCGAAUGAACUCCAUAACCGGCAUACCUCUGCCCAACCCCAGAGUCAUCUCGACUGUUAUUCACCCCGAUAUAUCAAAUCUUCACAAUCGAUACACUCUGAUGGUAAUGCAGUUCGCACAGUUCGUCGAUCACGAUAUGACCAUGACUCCGAUCCACAAGGGUUUCCACGAGUCGAUACCGAGCUGCAGAUCUUGCGACUCGGCCCGCACCGUGCAUCCUGAGUGUAAUCCGUUCCCCAUACCACCCGGCGAUCAUUUCUAUCCAACGGUGAACGUCUCCUCCGGGGCGAGACUCUGCAUACCUUCGAUGAGGUCGCUGCCCGGUCAGCAACAGCUCGGACCGCGUGAACAAAUCAACCAGAACACGGCCUUCCUCGACGGCUCUGUUAUAUACGGUGAAAACGACUGCGUUUGCCAGGUUCUUCGCACGUUCAACGGCCGAAUGAAUAUCACACGUCAUCCGAACCGCGGGAAAGAUCUUUUGCCGCAAACGGCGACUCAUCCGGAAUGCAAAACGAGAUCCGGGUACUGUUUCAUCGGCGGUGAUGGCCGCGUCUCCGAGCAGCCCGCACUCGCCGUUAUGCACACUCUUUGGGUACGCGAGCACAACCGAAUCAUGGAGGGUCUCAGACAGGUGAACCCGCAUUGGGACGGUGAAAAGCUUUUCCAACACUCGCGAAGGAUCAUUUCCGCCAUGCUUCAGCACUUGGUUUACAACGAGUUUCUGCCGAGGAUACUCGGCUGGAACGCGGUUAGUCUGUACGGUCUGAAACUACUGCCACAGGGAUACUACAAGGAGUACUCGCCCACGUGUAACCCCAGUGUACUGAACGAAUUUGCAGCCGCGGCUUUCAGGAUCGGACACUCGCUUCUCAGACCUCACUUGCCCAGGAUGGAUUCAAAUUUCCAGAACAUUGAUCCGCCCAUUUUGCUUCGUGACGGUUUCUUCAAUCCGGACAUGCUCUACGACCCGGGAAUGGUUGACGAGAUGAUAAGAGGCCUUGUUUCUACGCCUAUGGAGACUCUCGAUCAGUUUAUAACCGGCGAGGUGACCAAUCAUCUUUUCGAAAACAGGAGGAUCCCCCACUCGGGUGUUGAUUUGAUCGCCCUCAACGUACAGAGAGCUAGGGACCACGGUAUCCCAUCAUACAACAACUACAGAGCACUCUGCAAUCUGAAACGUGCUACGACCUUCGAGGACCUUUCGAGAGAAAUGGCGCCGGAAGUUAUCGCCCGGCUUAAGCGGAUCUAUGCCUCGGUCGACGACAUCGAUCUGUUCCCCGGCGGUAUGAGCGAGCGACCCCUUCAGGGCGGUUUGGUCGGACCCACCUUCGCAUGCAUCAUAGCCAUACAGUUCAGACAGUCCCGUAAGUGCGACAGGUUCUGGUACGAGACCGACGACCCCAACAUUCGGUUCACGGAGCACCAAUUGGCUGAGAUAAGGAAGACGACGCUGUCCAAGGUGAUAUGCGAGAACAUGGAUCAACACCAGGAUAUGCAACGCGCCGCGUUCGAUCUUCCGAGCAAUUUCCUCAACCCCAGGGUACCCUGCUCGUCUAUGCCGCACAUGGACUUUGCCGCCUGGCGAGAAACCAGCCACGGAUGCCAAAUCGGCAGUCGCAAUGUCGCCGUUGGUGAAUCCGGAUUCCCAACGCCUUGCACCAGCUGUGUAUGCACUGCCGAAGGAACCCAGUGCGCAUCGCUCCGUGUUACAGACUGCAAUCAGCUUCUCAGAGAAGCCUCUCGCGAAGCCAUUCUUCGAGACGAUGUCUGCACGGCUCAGUGCGGUUUCGUUUUGGCCGCAUCGGAAGCAUCAGCGAGGUUGCAAUUCCCGAAUUCAAAUGCGUUCCGGGGUUUCCCCUCGCCGGGGAACAAUUUGAGAAACCUUCCAACAGCAGCAACGUUCAACGGUUUCAAACUGCCGGAUCUCUCGCAGUUUAUCGGUUAAAUAUACGCCGCGACCAGGUCGCGCAUUUGUUCAAUUAAUUUUUAAGAUCAAGCAUGGUGAAGGUGAGGAGCGAAGAACGCAACCAAUCGCAUCGGACAAUGCUUGGGGAUAUGAUCAUGGAUCUGCAAAGGCUAGAAUACUCAAAGGCGGGAAAAAGGAGAUUCGUAACGCGUGUAAAAGCUCAGAAUUUAUGCGACAAUUCAUUCUGUUUCCUGUGUUAUUAUCAUCGCGGAAAUAUUCCGUCCGUUAGGUAUCAUCACCGUAGUAAUCGCUGUAGGUCCCAAAUUGAUACUGUUCUUCGGACGGAAUCGUCAUUCCGAGUUAGAUUAUGUCAGGAUCUAGAUCGGCAAUACGCACUGAUGUGGAUUGCGAAAAGUUCGGGUCAUCUGCUUGACGUCGGAAAGAAAAGGUAGAGUACAAAUAUAACUGAUUGUGAGCCCGUUAUCGUUAUACCAUAUUUCGUUAUUAUUAUCCACUGACAUUAGAACGGGAAUGUUUGAAAAUCAAUCAAUCCUGAAACUUGUUCAUUUCACAAUAGAACUGACACAUAGAAGUAUGUUAUAAUUUGGGGAAACCGUUGAUAAUUUGAAGAUACUGUGACUUGUAUAUCUACCGUAUAUAUUGCUGUGUAUUUUUUAUUUUAUGUUUUUAUUUUGGUCCCUCGUAAUCCGGUCAUUGCCCUGAAAAAAAUCCACAGCAAAGCAACUCGAUAAGAGGAUCGAUUAUUUCUGUAUGAAUAGAUAUACAUACUAUAUAUUAUAUUAUACCUAUAAAAAAGUUGCCUAUACGAAAAAUGUAAAUAUAGAAGAUAAUCUCGCGGUAUUUAGUUAUUAUAGAAAAUUAAUACCUAUUUUAUACUUCUGUGUAUAAAUCAAUUACGAUAUCGACGGUAGGUAUAAAAUCGGCCCCGCGUGGUUACGCAUAAUAAUUAUAUUUUGUUUCUGCAAUAAUCACGCUAAAUUGUGGAUACAAUAAUUUUUCAUGUGCGAGUGUUGUAUCCACAGUUAAAUUUUCGGUGAUUAUUGUAGAAACGAUAGAAAAAUGCCGUGACGGCUUGUUAGGAAAGCUGCAUCUACUACAGAAUACUGCCACAGAAUGAUGUUUCAUUAUUUUUCAACAAUCUUUUAAUCCGGUUGAGAAAAAAAAAAUCCGGAAUAUCAUAUCCUUAUAAAAAUUAUAAUAAGGACAUUGUUACACGUGCUAGAAUUUAUAUAAUAUAUGUUAUUAAAAGUAUGUAUAAUAAUGUUAUUUACAGCGUUUUCUAUUGUACUAACGAACGCUGUUUGUAUAGAUUUUAAUUUGUACCUAAUUAUUGUUUUGUUUUUCUAAAUAAAAAUAGAUAAUAUAUAUAUACAUAUACACACGCAUAGCUAUAAGCCGCUACAAAUUCUCAUAGUAACACUAUACACAUAGAUAUGAUAUCACGUGUAUGUGUAUAUUAAUAAUAAAUUUUAAUUAUUAUUUUUUUCUAAAAUACACAGGUAAUAGUUUCGUCUUUAUUCGGUUCAUCAUCAUGUAAUACGAUUUCAUUCGACUGUAACAUACUGUAUUUUGGACGUAUACAAUUCGGAAGUAAUGUUAUUCUCGUACAGUAUUCUUGAUAAUGAAAAAAAAAAUUCAGAUCCCUAACGAACGCAUAACGACGAAUAUAAUUCAAUGAUUAGGAUGAUUUAGCUGUUUCAGUUGUUUAUUAGACUUUUUUAUUUCACAUCUUUUUAUAGAUCAUUGAGGUGCUUAAGAAAAAAAAACGUAUAGACGAACGAUUAUUACAACUAUAUUUUCGGGACCUUAUAAAUAUGAGUAUGAAUAUUAUGUACAGAAGAUUUCUUCAUAAGCUUCCCCAAGCGAAAAUACAGUUUGAAUUAUCCUUCGAUACGAGAAAUUUUUUUCAUUUACUUUUAUUUUUCUG